AUGGCAUCGACGUUACCAUCAAAGAUCCAGCGAUCUGCUAUCGUGCUGUCCUCCGCCGCAGUGAGAAUCCCGGCGCGCAUUGCAGUAUCACCAGCCGCGGCCUUGCACCGAGCUAUCUCCGCACCAACAAGAGGACUGGUCACUUCUCCCCAGAACCGUGUCUUACGCAGCCACCUGGCACCAUCAUGCAGCCUCCAGACCAAGUCAAGCCCGAACACCAAGAGUCCGCGUCAAGUGCAGAGGCGGUGGGACAGCGAUGAGGCCAGCCCAAUCAAAUUCAGGGAAUGGGGUUUCGAAGAAAUCAACGCCGCCCUCCCAACCUCAACACCAAUUUCCCCGUCCCACAAGCCCAUAAUCCUCAUCGAUGUGCGCGAGCCAGCCGAACUCAAAGGCACGGGUAUUAUCCCAUCUGCGGUUUGCAUUCCGCUGGCCUCGCAGGGCGAUGCAUUGUACCUCACGCCGGACGAAUUCGAGACUCGGUUCGGGUUCGCUAAGCCUGAUCCUGCGGAAAGCGAGGAUGAGCCUGCGCAGAUGGUCUUCUAUUGUAAGGCUGGUGUGAGGGCUAAGGCGGCGGCGCAGAUGGCUGUGCAGGCUGGGUAUGACCCUGCUAAUCUUGGGGUUUAUAUGGGUAGUUGGUUGGAUUGGGAGGCGCAUGGGGGGAAGGUUGAGAAGUGGGAGGGGGAUGAUUUUUGA